AUGCCAACUCUUUAUCCCGAUCAUAUCGAUCCAUUAUUAUGCACACAUAUACAUUAUGCAUUUGCUGAUAUUAAUCCAUUAACAUUAGCCAUAUCACCAACAGAAGAACAUGAUAUUCAUUGGACAGAUAGAUUAGGAAUGCCACUUUAUCUUCGUAUGUAUGGUUUAAAACGACGAAAUCCUAGUUUAAAAAUUGUUUUAUCUGUUGGUGGUUGGUCAGCACGUAGUAAAGGUUUCAAUGCUAUUUUAAGAAGUGAUAAUAAUCGUGCAAAAUUUAUUAAUCAAACAAUUACUUUUCUUGAGGAAUGGCAAUUUGAUGGAUUAGAUCUUGAUUGGGAAUUUCCUGGUUCACGUGAUCGGGGUGCAUCGGCAGAUAGUAAAAUUAAAUUCAAUAUUCUUAUUCGAGAAUUAAGACAGGCAUUUGAAGAUGAUGCAAUGAGAAUGAAUAAAACAAAUAGAUUAUUAUUAACAGCAGCUGUAGCUGCUGAUCCGAAAAAAGUUGAGCAAGGUUAUGUUGUUGAAGAAUUUUGCAAUUCUUUAGAUUAUAUUAAUGUUAUGACAUAUGAUUAUCAUGGAAAAUGGGAUCCCGUUACAGGUAUUAAUAGUCCUUUAUAUAGAAGUCAUACAGAAUUAGAAAAUCAUGAAGAUUGGAAAAAUACUAAUUCAUCGAUUUAUUAUUGGAUUAAUCAUGGAUGUGCAGCAUCAAAAAUGAAUUUAGGUUUAGCUUUAUAUGGACGAUCGUUUACUUUAGUCAGUGCUCAAAAUAACUCAAUUGGCGCGCCAAUUAUUGAAGGUGGAGGAGAAGCUGGUCCAUAUACGAAAGAAGAAGGUAUUUUAGCAUAUUUUGAAAUAUGUCAAAAAUUACGUGCACAUAAUUGGACAACUGAAUGGGAUGUAGAAUCUCAAUCACAAUAUGCCUAUUCGGAUACUGGUCAAUGGACUGGAUAUGAUUCGCUUAAAAGUGCAACACUUAAAGUUAUUUGGAGUAAAACAAUGGGACUUGGUGGAGCUAUGUUGUGGACAUUAGAUUACGAUGAUUAUACAGGUUUAUUCUGUAAUCGAGGUGAAUUUCCAUUUACUCGUCGUGUACACGAAACAAUGUUUGACUCAAUAUUAACAACAUCUACAAUAUCUUUCACAAAUGAAACUCAUACAACGACAACAGUACGCCCAACGAAUUCUUCUAUAUCACCAAAAUCGAAUCGAACAAAUAAACCUAAUUUUGUUAUUGUUGUAGCAUCAUCACAUAGAACAAAAGUUGUUUCAGAUUCUCGUAUGGUCAAUCAUGCCGGUGACCAUUUUAAAUAUAAAUUUUACUUAUUAUUCGUUUUAUCGGUGUUUCAUUUCUUUAAAUAA